AUGGAUCUCCAAGUUAGGGGUAGAGGACGUGGGAUACCAACUAGACAACACCCCGAGAGUGGUAGUGACAUGGGACCUGAGGUCAAUCUAGGCCAAGGGCAAGGGGGCGUGGCCGAAGACCAAGUGGCCACUGCAAUCAAUCGUAUCACUGAUGUCUUAGAGCGCUUGAUUGAACAUCAAGCCUCUGGACCAGUGCAUCACCAAGGAGGUCCAGCCGAUUCUGAUGAUCGGGCACUGGAGAGGUUUCUGAAGUUCGGACCUCCCAAAUUUUAUGGAGGACCUGAACCGGAAGUAGCUGAAAGUUGGUGGGAGAGAAUCUCCGACAUCUUCGUAGCUUUAAACUAUACGGAAGAGCGACAGGUGACUUUCGCCGCAUUCCAAUUUAAGGGAGCUGCUCGCUCCUGGUGGAAUUUGGUUAGGGUUAACUGGGAUAGGAACCAUACUCUUAGGACUUGGGCAAACUUCACGAGGGAGUUUAAUGCUAAGUUCCUCCCACCUCUCAUCCAAGAGAAGAGGGAGGAUGAUUUCAUCAAAUGCAAGCAAGGGACGAUGAGUGUCGCCGAGUAUGAGACUCAAUUCACGAAAUUGUCCCGUUAUGCUCCUGAAUUGAUAGCCACAGAGCAAAGACGUGUCAGGAGGUUUGUGCAGGGACUGAACGUGGAAAUACAAGAAGGAUUAGCCGCUGUUCGAAUAGACACUUUUGCCGACGCUGUUGAGAGAGCCCAACGGGUUGAAGUAGCCAGAGCCCAAGUAAAAUCUUUUCAGGUCAAGAAAAGAUUUGCUCAUAGUAGUAGUCGGGAGUCGACUUAUGGAAAUGCUCCACCGGCCAAAGUAGGUCGAGGAACGAGUGGAGUGAUUAGUUCUGGAGCACCGCGAGGCGCUCUAGCAAGAGGAGCUCGGAAUAGAAAUGCAGGGGGUGGAAAGAAUGGGACUAGAGGAGGACCAAAUGGAAGAGGCCAACCUAAGAAUGCCUCGCAAGAAGGUCGUGCGAUAACUCCACAGACAACUUGUGGGUACUGCAAGAGACCCGGUCAUACUGUGGAUGGUUGCUGGAGGAAGCAAGGAAAGUGCCUGAAGUGUCGAAAUAGCGAGCACCAAAUUUCUGGUUGCCCAAAAAUACAAGACAAUGGAACCCUGAAUGCUGGACCAGUCAACUCUGGAGGGAAUAGGCCGACAGUUCCUGCCAGGGUAUACGCUAUAGAUGACCAGCCUGUACCUGACUCCUCGGAAGUCGUGGAAGGUACUCUUCCCAUCUUUCAUCGAUUAGUCAAAGUAUUAAUUGACCCUGGUGCAACUCAUUCAUUCGUGAAUCCAACUUUUAUGUCUGGAAUUGAUGUGAAACCUGUUAGAUUACCCUUUGAUCUUGAAGUUAGGACACCAAUGGAUAAUAAGAAUGUAAUCACUAGUUUAGCUUAUAAGAAUUGCGAAUUCUGGAUCGGAAAGCGAAAAAUGCUAGUGGAUUUAAUCAGUUUGGACAUAAAAGAUUAUGAUGUUAUCAUAGGAAUGGAUUUCCUAGGCCACCAUCAUGCUAAGCUUGAUUGCCAAGCGAAAGUGGUAGAAUUUUGUAUACCUGGAGAAGCAACCCUGAGGUUAGAUGUUAAAGGUAGGUUAACAUCGUCUGCUAUAGUCUCAAGAAUACGGGCGAGGAAAAUGUUGUCUAAGGGAGCGCAAGGUUUCUUAGCCUUUUUGAUUAAUGCUCCCAGUGAUCAAGUGAAGUUAGAAUAUGUACCAGUGGUACGAGAAUUUUCGGAUGUUUUUUCCGAAGAACUAAAGAAUUUACCGCCAGAGAGAGAAGUGGAAUUCAAGAUUGACUUGGUGCCGGGAACGGCUCCGAUUUCUAAAACUCCGUACCGAAUGGCUCCUGCCGAGCUAAAGGAGUUAAAAAUUCAAUUGCAGGACCUGUUGGAGAAAGGUUUUGUGAAUGAGAGUGAUUCACCCUGA